AUGUUAAACACACUUUUAAAUAUCGCAUCAUCCUAUAGCUCUUCGGAAUGUAAAGAGAAAACUAUUUUAAAUAAUAAGGUUUGUUUUAAAGAAACAUAUAAUAAAGAAGAAGAGGAUAAUAGAAAAAAGAGCGCAAACAAUUUUAAUAUUAAUAAUACAAAUAAUAAUAUUUGUGAAUCUAAAUUCCAGGCUAAUAAUAAUGAAAAUAAUAAUAAUAAUAAUAAUAGUUCAUCAAUUAUUCCAAAUUCAAUAAAAAAUAAUUUAGCUAGAAAUUUUAAUUAUAAUAACAUGCAAAAUAGGCAAUUCGAAAAAUCGAGUAACAGUGCCAAAUGCAUGGCUUAUAAUUUUCAAGCUAAAGAGGUUAAUAAUACGAUAGGGAAUGAUACUAAUAAUAAUAAUAGUAGCAAUAAUGGUAGUAAAAAUAAUAGUAGUAGUAGUAACAAUAAUAAUAACUGUGAUGAUAAUACAAAUAAAAAUGAGGCUUUAAAUAAAUUUGAAAAGAAGGAAAAUGAUACUAUAAUGAACAUGUCAUUGCCAGGUAAAAAUGAUGUAGUGGACUUCGAAAAGGGUAGUGAUAACAAUAAUAACAGUAAUGAUAAUUUUACUAUUAAUAGUAACAGAAGUAAUAAUAUUGGUGAUUUGAAAAAGUCUGAACAUGUUAAUAAUUCACAAGAUAAUGAUAAUAAUUUUAUUAAAAAUCAUAAUCCUGUUAAUAACUCAACUUUUAAGAUUCAGGGUACAUCUAGUACUUGCAAUGUAAAUGAAACAUUACCAAUUAUUGCUGUUAAUAACACAUCUUCAUUCCUUCAUAAGGGAGAUAAUAAUAAUAAUAGUAAUUGUAGUAGCAAUUGUGAGAUAAUAUCUGAAAUGGAUUACAGUCAAUGUACUGUAAAAAAUGCAUUUUGUGUUGUCAAUCCCUCCCAUAUAUUGCCUAAGUCUUGUAAUGAUUAUAAUAAAAUUGAAAUAAGUGAUGAAAAAUGUGAUAAUGUAAAUAAUAAUAGUCAUAUUAUUCAAGAAUCGAAAAUAACUCAAAUUAGUGGAAUUACAAAAAUUAACGAGUCCACUGUUCAUGAUAAAAUAAACAAUUGCACUACUAGUAAUAAUAAUGCUGCGGAAAACAAUGAUAAUAAAAAUAGUUAUGGGAAUAGCUCAGGGAAUAAUAAUAAUAAUAAUAAUAAUAAUAAUAAUAAUAAUAAUAAUAAUAAUAAUAAUAAUAAUAAUAAUAAUAAUAAUAAUAAUAAUAAUAAUAAUAACAAAGGAGGUUCUGAGAAUAGACCAGGAAAUAAUAGCAAUACAGGUAAUAGUAAUGGGGGCGGGAAUGGAACUGACCCCGAUGGAAAUGAUAAUAAGGAUGACAAUAAUGAAAAUGAUAAAGACAAAAACAAUAGUAGCAAUGCAAAUGAUAAUAAUAAUAAUAAUAAUAAUGAUAAAAUAAAAAAAAAAGAAAAUAAUAACAAAAAUGGGGAUUCAAAUGUAAAAAAAACGAGUAAAAAUGUAAAUGGUAAUGAUAAUAUUGAAACAAAAAAAUUGAACACAAAAUCUCUGAUUAGUAACACAAACAGUAGCAGUACAAUUUCUGGAAGUUCAUUAAAUGCUGAUGCACCUGAAUUUGUACCAUCUACUAAAUCUGUUCAAGGUAAUUUACAAUUUAAUAAUUUAAUGUGGGGUAAUUAUUAUCAUGAUAUUCCAAAUAACUCUUUUGGUAAUAUGCAAAAUGUUAAUUUGUUAAAUAUGAAUGGAUUAGGGAAUAAUAAUAACAUUAUGAUUCAAACUUCAUUAAUAGAUAAUAUAACAAAUAUAAAUAAUGAUGCAGCAGGUAAUAAUUUAUUAGGAAUUCAAAAUUCUAGUAAUAAUAACAAUAACAAUAAUAAUCCUGGUACAGUUAUUGAUUCGAAUUUAAAUGCAUAUAAUAAUAAGACUGGGGGUAUUGCAGGUUCUAAUUCUGUUGUUAAUAAAAAUAAUACAAAUGCUGGGAAUACAAAUACACCCCUUGGGGGACAAUUUAAUGGUGUAGAUGGAAAUGAAAAAUUUACUGAUAAAAAUAAUAAUAAUCUAAUUCCUAUAUCUGGAAAUAAUUCCAAAGUAAAUAGCAAUAAUAUUCAUAGUGUUAAUACAGAAGAUAAUAAUAAUACAACUGGUCUAGGCAAUAAAAAUUUAGGAGGAACAAGGCCCUUAGAUUCAGCAUAUUUAAAUCAUAAUAUGCUAGAAGGAGGGAAAAAUUCAAGGCCUAAUAAUUUUAUGAACAAUUCAGAAAAUUCUAAUGGAUUUGAUAAUACAGAUAUGCAUAACACAAGUAACAAUAAUAACAAUAAUAAUAAUGCACAUCAAAAUUUCCCAGGUAAUAAUUCAAUGAUGCAUCAUCAUCCACAUCAUCAUAAUUUUUAUUUGAACCCUCCAUAUUUAAUUAAUAGCCAUCCAAAUGGUUUAUCUGGCCACCAAACAAUUUUUACUCCAAUACCAUAUGGAGGUGGAGGGGUUGCUGGUACAAAUAAUGGAGAUAUACAUCAUGAGCUACCUUUUCCACAACCUCCAGUUUAUAAUCAUUUUGGUAAUAAUUCAAUGAAUGUUCAAAAAAAUGGAAAUUUAAAUAUGAAUCCAUACAAUUUUAUAUCUUGUGGUUUACCCGGUGCAGGGCCUUUAGGCACGGGUGGGCCCAUAAAUAUGGCUAGUCAUCAUCAUAUAGAUCCUCAUUUUUUAAAUAAUACUGACAAUGUUCCAAUGAAAUUACCUUAUAAUCAUAUGAGCCAAACAAACAGAAGAAAUAAUAUGUUUGGUCAUUUUGGUAAUAAUGUUAAUUUACAUGGCCCUAAUAAUAUUAAUGAUAAUAAUUAUGAUAUAAAUUCAAAUAAUAGCAAUAUUAAUCCGCUACUUUCUGCUAAUAUUGGAGGACCUGGAUAUGUUUUCAAUUCUUCAUAUAAUACUAUGCAGGCUGGUGUUAUGAGAUUAAAUACAGAUGGUAAUACAUCAACUAAUUCUAAUAAUACAUCUAAUAAUACAAAUACUAAUACUGUAAAUAGCAAUUCUCCUUCUAAUGGUAAUAAUAAUAAUAAUAGUUUAAAUAUUACCGGAAAUGUUAUAGCCAUAAACCCUCCCAUCAUUAAUCCAGGAGUAAAUGUUCCUAUCCCUCAUCAUCAUAUAGAUAAUAUAAAUAACUCAAUGCAUAUAAAUGGUAUACAUAUGAAUCAUGGGCUUUUAUUAAACAACGCAAAUAUGAAUAAUAUGCAUAGCAUGAGUAAUCAUGUUCCUAUGGGAAAUGUAGGGAAUAUGGGUAGUGGAAUUGUAGGGCUUGUUGGACUUGGGGGUAUAGGGGGAAUGAAUACUACUGGAAAUAUAAGCAAACAACAAAAAAGACAAAAUGGUUACAAUGAUAGAACUGGAGGAAUGAAUAAUAAUAAUCACAAUAAUAAUAAUAAUAAUAAUAAUAAUAAUAAUAAUAAUAAUAAUAAUAAUAAUAAUAAUAAUAAUAAUAAUAAUAAUAAUAAUAAUAAUAAUAAUAAUAAUAACAAUAAUAAUAAUAAUAAUAAUAAUGAUAAUAAUAAUAAUAAUAAUAAUAAUAACACUGAAAAUGUUGGAACAAAUAAUAAUAAUAAUACAACUAGUGGUAGUGCAAACAAUAAGCAAUAUAAUAAUAAUUACAAAGAAAAUAAAAAUACAAUGAAAAAUAAUAUUGGGAAUGGAAAUGAGGUAUUAAAUAGUUAUAAUUAUGGAAUGAAACAUGAAAAUAAUAAAAAAAAUAAUAGUAGAUAUAAUUUGAUGAAUAAUACAGGUGAUAAUUUUAAUACUAACUACAAUUACAAUGGAAGUAAUACAAUGAAAAAUAAUUCAGCUACUGCAAAAGGUUCAUAUAAUAAUAAAGGAGGAAAAGAAGAAUCAAAUAGCAUAACAGGUGGUAAUAAUUUUUAUAAUAGGAAUGGUGGAAAUACUUCUACUACUGGUGGAGGUUCUAUUACAUCUACAAUUGGAAAUACUACUAAUAAUGUUAAUACAUCUAACGAUAAUACUAAAGAAUCAGGACCAUCUGGAGAUGCAACGAAGGAAGUGGUAUCUGAUUUAAACGAAAGCAACAAUACAAAAACGAAUAAUAACAAAGAUAAUUUGCAAUAUGGGAAUUAUAAGGGAAAAAACAAUUAUUAUUUAAAUAGCUCAAACGAUAAAAAUAGUAAAGGGCACAAUAAUACUAUAGCAAAUCAAAAUGGUGUUACCACUAGUAACAAUAAAGAUGAUUAUAAAAGUGGUAGAAAUUAUGGAAGCAACAAAAUUGUUGAUGAUAAAAAUGGAGGCAGUGCAUCUAAAAAAGAUGCAGGAAAGGAUAAUACAAAUAACAACAAUAAUAGUGGUAGAUAUGGAAAACAAGGUGAUAAUUGGAUUAAAAAAGGAUAUGGUGCAAAUAAUAGCAACACAUCUAACAACAUUAAUUCAAGAAUCAAUAAUAGUACAACCAAACAUGGAAGUUAUUCGAAUAGUAAAUAUAGCACGGGUUCUGACAGAAGAAGUAGUAAUAAUAGAUAUGAUGAAGGUGCUAAUAAAACAGAGAAAUUAGGUUAUAAAACAAAUGAUAAAAAAGGGAAAUCUGAAGAAGAUAAACAUACAAAGGAAAACAAAAUCAAUAAUAGUAACAAUGCAGGAAUAAAUAAUAACCAAACUAAUGAAGCUGGAAAUAAAAAUUCUAAUACCAAUCCGAGUAAUGAAGAAAAUAAUACAACUGGAUAUAACGCAAAUAAUAAAGUAGGAUAUAAUAAUUUAAAGAAUGUAAAGAAUGGUGAUAAAAAGAAUAUGGAAUUUUCAUCCUGGGUAAAAAUAGCUAAAAUGAAUCCUAAUAAUAAAAAAAAAAAUGAAAAGAUAAAUUUACCAAGUUCACAACCAGAUAAUACUAACCCAGCAGCUUCAUCGUCAUCUUCUGUAAAAAAUGGAAAUACAGAAGAUACAAAUCAUAAUUAUAGUAAUAGUCGAAAUUACAACAAAGGGUCUGGAUAUGGAAAGGGAUUUCAUGGAGAAGUACCACAAGUAAAUGAAGAAAAUGAAACACCAUUAUUACCCACAAAUAAAGAAUCUAAAAAAAAUACUGAAAUCAAAGAAGAUGCAAAAAAAGAAUCACAUAUAUUAAAUAGUACAACCCAUACCAACCAACGUUAUGAUAGUCAUAAUAAAGGAUUGAAAAAGAGUGGUGGAGUUGAUGAUAAAAUAAAAGGAAAGGCAAUUGGAAACUAUUUUGGUAAUAAAAAUUACAUUAACGAAGAAGUUCGAAAUAAGGAUUCUAAUAGAUCAAAGGUUGUUGAUAAUAAAAACAAAAAUAGUAAUAGCAAUAACAAUAGUAAUAGUGUAAGCAAUAAUGGUAAUAAAAUAAUAGACUAUAACGAUAAAAAAAAUCUGUCAAAUAAUUUGAGUGGAAAUAAUAAUAGCUAUUCACAUAGACAAAGAGAAAAAUUAAAAAUAAAAAAUGUUGAGAUAAAACAAAUCGGAGAAAAAAUAGUUCCAAAUUUUUCAUCUGCUUCUGCUAGAAAUAGUAGUAGUGGUCAUAAUAGAGGAAUGAAAUAUAAUGAAAAUGAAGAUAAGAAUGAUGUUGAAAAAAACAAAAAAAAUAGUACCCAUAGUAGUGAUAAUAAUAUAAAUCAAAAAAAAGAAACUGAAGAAAUUACAAAAGAUGAAAUAAAACAAACUGCUAAUAAAAAUGACAAAAAUUAUGUGGAUGAGGAAAAUGCAGAUAACAAAGAUUUAGUGAAAAAAAAUGAAUCUAAUAAUGUUAAUAGUAAUGUAAAUAAAAAUAAAGAAAUUGGAAAAGAUGAAGUACAAAUUAAUAGUCAAACAAAUAAUUUAGAUGAUAAUACAAAAGGAAAAAAAAGUAAUAUAUUUAAUCAAACAAAAAGUAGUUAUAAAUAUUCAACAGAAGGAGAAAAUAAUCCCAAUACAAAUACAUCUAAUGAAAAUAAUAAUAAAACGGGGUCUAGUAAUUAUAAAGGAAGCUUAUGGAAUGGAAAAAUAUCUUUUGCUGAAAUGGCAAAACGUCGACCUAAAAAAGAUUCAAAAGAAAUUUCAAAGGAAUGGACUGGUAAUAAUAAUAAACCAGGUCAAACUGAGAAAAAGGGAAGUAAUCUUAAUAAAAAUGGUAAAGUAUUAAGAAGAACUGAUGAUAGUCAUAUGAAACAGGAACAAACUGAUCAUGUAACUUAUGAUAAUAAAAGUGAAAUAAAUGAAGAGGAAUUAACAAAAGAAGAUGAUAAAGAUGAAAUAAAAAGAGAAGAUGAAAUUGAGAAUGUAGAAAGAGAAGAAACUGAAGAGAAAAAAAAUAAAGAAAUCGAUAGCAAUAAUAAUGACGAUGAUAUAGAAAUUUUUAAUGAGCUAGCGAACGAAGAAAAAGAGAUAAUAAGUACAUCUAAUAAAGAUGCAGGAAAUAGAGAAACUGAAGAACUUGGUGGUAUUAAAAAUAAAAUUAAUAAAAUUGAAAUUGAAGAAAAAGAAAUAAAACAAAACAAGCUUGCCUCAAAAGAUGUAUCACAAAAUAAAAUAAAUAUUGAUGAUAAUAAAAUAACUAUGAAUGCUAGCGAAGAUGAAAAAAAAAAAAUGGGAAAGGAUGAAAUUAUCGCUAAGACUAAUAAUGAUGAAAAGAGCGUAGAAAAUAAGUUGAAUAAUAAAGAAAAAGAAAAAGAAAAAACAGAAGAAUUAAAUUCUGUUAAAUCUAAAAAAAAUGAUGAUGAAACUGAAAAUAAGGAAAAAAAUGAUAAUAAAAAUACAGAAUCAGAAGAAAGAAAUGAUAAAAAUAUUUUAGAUAUAGAUAACGAUAAAUUAAAUGAUGAAAAUAAAAAUGUGUUAGAUCCAAAACAAAAAGAAAAACAAAAAAAAAUCGAAAAAUGGCAAUCAGAAAAAAGGUUUACAAAAAUUGAUUUAUUAGAAAUAUAUUUAGGUCAUAAUUGGAGCUUAAGAGGUGAAAAUUUUAAUUUUGUUUUAUCCAAAGAUAAUACAACAGAUACACAUUAUAAAGGAAAUAAUUAUAUACACAAUAAUAUAAAUUCAAAUGAAGAUAAUAAUAAUAAUAAUAAUAACAAUAAUUCUAAUACGAGUAACAUCUAUAUGAAUGAUGGAAAAGUUUCUAAUACAUAUAAUAAUAAAAGAUAUAACAAUUCAGGAUAUAAUCAUGGAAAUAAUAUGAAUAAUUCCCAAUUGAAUCAAUACAGCAUUCAUAAUUCUGGAAAUAAUAUUGGAAACAAUUCUAAUAAUAUAGGAGGAAAUAAUAAUAACUAUGAAAAAAAUAUGCAAAGCAAUCAAAAUUCAAACAAUGGCAAAGGUGGAGACGACGGUUGGAGGCAUUCAUAUUCUAAAAAUAUGCAAAAUAGUAUGCAUAUAAAUGGUGGAAAUAACAAUAUUAACUAUAUGAAUGGAAAUCAUAAUGAUCCUAAUAGUUUGAAUAUAAAUAAUAAUAUUGGAAAUAAUCAUGGGGGAAAGAAUGGGCAAGGCAACACUUUUGAAUGGAGAAAAGGAGAUGGUGAUAAAUUAAAAGGAUUUUUUGAUUCUACAAGAGCAGUAGAAUCACCAGAUGCAUGGAGAAAUAAUAAUACAGGACAACAAAAUGGUAAUGGUAAUAAUUCUAAACCUACAAUAUCAGAAAAUAGUUGGCUAGUAAAACAAAGUCAACUAAAAGCUGAUAAAUAUACAUGCUUAAUGAGGAAAUUAAGAGGUAUUUUAAAUAAAUUAACAUUUGAAAAAUUUGAUUUAUUAUAUGAACAAAUAAUAUUAGUAGAUAUAUCAAAGCUUGAAGAAAUAAUUGGAUUAAUGAAAUUGGUUUUUGAAAAGGCAGUAACUCAACACCAUUUUGUGCAAAUGUAUGUACAAUUAUGUAAAAAAUUAAACAUACAUUUUCAUAGUAUGAAAUUAGAAGAUGGAUCAGUUGUUCAAUUUAAAAAAAUUUUAAUAAAUCAAUGUCAAGAUAGUUUUGAAAAUAAUUUAAAACCUAUAGAAUUUCCUAGUCAUUUAAAUGAUGAUGAAAAAUUUGAAUUUGAACAAAUGCAUAAAAAUAAAGUAAGAGGAAAUAUGUUAUUUGUUGGAGAGUUAGUUAAAUCUGGAAUUAUUUCUAUACCUAUUGUUUUUGUAUGUAUUAAUCAAUUGUUAGAAAAAAGAGAUAGUUAUAUUUCUCAAAAAAAUGAUACUAAUGAAGGAAAUCUACAUUUAGAAGCAUUAUGCAUGUUUUUAAAUACGGUUGGUGAAAUAUUAGAUACACAUGAAAAAUCAAAUCAAGAAGAAGUGAAAAAUUUAUAUAAUAAAUUAAAUGAAAUUGUAAAUGAUGAAAGUAUAUUAUUCCGUGUUAGAUGUUUAAUUAAAGAUGUUAUAGACAAUAGAAAUGAAAAAUGGAAUAAAAAAUUUGCUCACAAAUUAGAGGGCCCAACAACUUUAAGUGUAUUACAUGACAAAAUAUUAAAAGAAACGAUUGAUCAAAAUAAUCGAAUUUUUUCUACUAAUAACUCAAACAAUUAUCAUGAAAAUAAAAUGAAUAGUAGUUUGAAUAAUAUGCGAAAUAAUUUGCUUAGAAAUUCCAACUAUGGUAUGAAUAAUAAUAGUGGAAGUGGAGGUAUGGGCAAUAAUAAUAAUAAUAAUAUGCCAUUUGGAAUGAACAAUCAAAUGAAUAUGAGAGGAAUGGGGAAUACUGGAAUGAAAAAUAUGGAUCCAAAUAAGAAUAUGAAAAAAAUGACAAUGAAUAUUAUGAAGAAUAAAAAUACAUCUUCUAAAAUGAUGCCUGAUGAUAUGAAAUUCGGACAAAAUUCUGGUACUCAUUUUGGUGAUGGAACUGGACCAUUUGUUACUGACAAUACUUCUGGUGGUAAUUAUUAUGAAAAUACUUCAAAAAAUAAUAUGCCAUAUAAAAAUCAACCAUUUAUGGGAAAUGAUAAUAACAAUAAUAAUAAUAACAAUAAUAAUAAUAAUAAUAAUAAUAAUAAUAAUAAUAAUAAUAAUAAUAAUAAUAAUAAUAAUAAUAAUAAUAAUAAUAAUAAUAAUAAUAAUAAUAAUAAUAAUAAUAAUAAUAAUAAUAAUAAUAAUAAUAAUAAUAAUAAUAAUAAUAAUAAUAAUAAUAAUAAUAAUAAUAAUAAUAAUAAUAAUAAUAAUAAUAAUAAUAAUAAUAAUAAUAAUAAUAAUAAUAAUAAUAAUUCAGGUACUGGAGGAAGUUCGUCAAGCUCCCUCAACAAUAAUACAAAUUCCAAUAAUGGUAUUUUUAGCAAUUUGAGUUCAAUGUUUACGAACAAAGAAAACAAAAAUGAAGGCAAUUUUUUUUCAAGAGUUUUUAAUUUAAAAAAAAAUCAAAAUAAUAAUAAUAGUGGGCCAGGACAAGAUUUGCCAUUUAGAGGAGAUGUAGAUGGAAAUAUAAAUAAAACUAAUGAAAAUAAGAUAAAUGGAAAUGAAAAUAAAGCAAACGCAAAUAAUAAUAUGUCAAAUAAUAUUUCUAAUGUAAAUGAAAAUGGACAAAAUGAUUAUUCAUAUGUUGAGGAUUAUCUCCCUAAAAUUAAUGAAAUAAUGGAAUUAUCUACAAAUGUAAAUGAAUGGGAUGAAUUAACAAAAAAAUUUGAAGAAUUAAAUAUUCCUUCAAAAUAUAAUGAAAAACUUCAGAAUACCAUUUUAAAAUUAACUUUAAAAAAAUAUGCAUGUAAUAAAUAUUUAGAAAGAAGUGAAAGUUAUUUUAAUUGGCUAAUUACAAUAGUUUUGGCAAAUAAAAUAGAUUCAGUAUCAUUUAAAUCGUGUUGGAAAUCUUUCUUUUUAGAAAAUGAUGAAAAUAGUUAUGAAUAUACAAAAGAAGAUUAUCCAUUGUUGCCAUUUAUAGCCAAAAAUUUUAUAAAAGCAGUUGAACAACAUGACACUGAUCAUAUUCUUUAUGAUAUAGAUGCAUUGAAUGAAAUAAAAAAUGUUGUAUAA